AUGAGCCAACCGCGCGACCAGCCCGAGCCAUUUGUCCGUCAUGGAGAUCAGCUCGAGCAAUUUCUCGUCAAUUUCUGGCAGCGACAGGUCGAUGCGGCCGAGACAGACCCUCCACCGUAUGGAAGACACCCUCCAUUGCCGCUUGCGAGAAUCAAAAAGGUCAUGAAAAGUGACCCAGACGUCCGAAUGAUUGCUUCUGAUGCACCUGUAUUGUUCUGCAAAGCCUGCGAAAGUACGUACAAGCCCGUUGCAAGCAGUGCGCUCGGGUAUGUUACCCCGCAUAUCCCUCGACUGACCACUCGACGUGAUCACGAAAUCACCUGUCGGGCAUUUUUGGUCGCCGACGCGCACAAGCGGCGGACAAUCUCAAAGGCAGAUAUCGCAAAGGCUCUUGCAAAGUCGGAUCACUUUGAUUUCCUAAUUGACGUCGUGCCGCGCGACGAGGCGGAGCGUGCAAAGACCCAAAAGGCGAUCAACAGCGGACUCGAAGCAGAGGCGGCAGCUGCAGAACAGGCGAAUGUGAUGGGAUCUGGCUCGCAGCACCAGCUUUCGCCGACGACGAGCAUGCAUGCGCCGGCGGUGCUUGGAGGACCAGGAGUGUAUCCGCCACCUCCAGGAUCACACCUUCAGCAGCUGGGGCAUAUGAUGCAGCCACCGAUGCAUCCUCAACCCCCGAUGCAUCACCGGUCCCAUUCGCACUCUCAUUCUCAAGGCAUGGUGCAUCAGCAUCAACACCAGAUGUCUCAGCAGACGCCAAUGAUAUCGCCAAUUGGAAUGGGAAUGGGGAAUCAACCGCCACCGUUGAUCCCGAAUGCGCGAGGGACCGGUCAGACCCAAAGUCAGGGUAUGCCGCAAGCUGGAGGUUCCCAGCAGCAGCAGCAACAACAACAGCAAGGAGCAAAUGGCACGAGUUCCAAUGGACGAAGGUCGUCUGUGAGCAGGAUGUCCCUCUCACCUACUAUUCCGUUGUCCUCGUCCAGAAUGGACCCGCCUUCGUCUCUUUGA